AGGAGUUGUACUCCAGUCUAGUAGGUGGCGGUAACGCAACAUUUAUUGGAUGCCAUCUGCCGUUAAACUUUAUCGAAGAAGAAUUAUUUGUGUAGUCAACUUUUCUGUAGUUGGGGAUAGUUAUUUAACGUCGUUGCCUUGUGAAUAUUUACAAUUGUAGUUGGCGUAGCUACAUUACAUAGCUUAUAAUGUACUGAACUGUUCAGCAAAAUAAUUACCCCAAGAGAAACACGGCGUGGUGGUUUUCUAUUGCCUCCCCUCCACCAGGUAUGAUCUGCAGGGCCAGUGAGAGGCUGUGGCGGCCCCCCCAGUAGCUCUCACCACGGCGGGGGACAUCAAGACCUCCGUCUGCAGGGUGGUCAUCUACCUUCAGAGGGACAUGUCCGGGGACAGCUGCCAGCUCCCCCUGCACCGGCUAUGCCUCCAGACCCAGGCCAUCUCCACUGGCUCCCAAGCCAUCAGACSUCCCUAUGAAGCCUCCCAGAUGGUGUGUCCCAAGUCCAAGACGUGCAGCUACAGAGCAGCGUUGGGCCUGGGUAACAAGUAUGUGCGUCUAAACGUAGGGGGGACCCUAUUCUACACCACGCUGCAGGUGCUCACCAGGCAGGACUCCAUGCUGAAGGCCAUGUUCAGUGGCAGGAAGGAGGUCUUCAUUGACAGAGAAGGCUGGAUCCUGAUAGAUCGUUGUGGGAAGCACUUUGGCUCCAUCCUGACGUACCUGCGGGAGGAAGCGGUCACCUUGCCCCCUGCCAGGCAGGGGGUUCUGGAGCUGCUGGCAGAGGCCAAGUAUUACCUGAUCCAGGGUCUGGUGGAGCUGUGCCAGGGAGGCCUGCAGGACCAGAAAGAGCUGUCUCUGUGUGUGUAAUCCCUGUGAUCACCUCUGCCAAGGAGGAGGUGAGACUGAUCAGGCCUGCACCAAGCCUGUAGUAAAGCUGCUGUACAACCGAAGCACAACAAGUACUCUAUACAAGGUACUACUACUACUACAAGUCAAGUGCCUU